AUGUCUGUCAUAAAGCAAGUCUCCUGCAUCAAACCCCAAGUCCCCACUGGAGAGGGCCACGGCGGAGACAGUGAGAGUGAGAAUGUUAUUUUGAAUGAUUUUUGGGACUCUGAAAACGAAACCCACAAGAUAUCUCAUUUGGCUGUUGUUCAACGUCAUAGAUAG